AUGACUACCUGCAGCCGCCAGUUCACCUCCUCCAGCUCCCUGAAGGGCUCCUGUGGCAUCGGCGGCGGCUCCGGCCGCAUCUCCUCUGUCCUGACUGCAGGCUCCUGCCGGGCCCCCAGUGCCUAUGGGGGUCUGUCAGUCACCUCCUCCCGCUUCUCUUCUGGGGGAGCCUGCGGAAUAGGGGGUGGCUAUGGCGGUGGCUUCAGCAGCAGCAGCUUUGGUGGGGCUCUGGGUAGUGGCUUUGGUGGAGGAUACGGUGGUGGUCUUGGUGCUGGCUUUGGUGGUGGCUUUGGUGCUGGGUUCAUUGCUGGUGAUGGCGGCCUCCUCUCUGGCAAUGAGAAGAUCACGAUGCAGAACCUCAAUGACCGCCUGGCCUCCUACCUGGACAAGGUGCGUGCCCUGGAGGAGGCCAAUGCUGACCUGGAGAUAAAGAUCCGUGACUGGUACCAGAAGCAGCGGCCCACUGAGAUCAAAGACUACAGCCCCUACUUCCAGACCAUCGAGGACCUGAGGAACAAGAUCAUCAGGGCCACCAUUGAGAAUGCCCAGCCUAUUCUGCAGAUCGAUAACGCCAGGCUGGCAGCUGAUGACUUCAGGACCAAGUACGAGCAUGAGCUGGCACUGCGCCAGAGUGUAGAAGCCGACAUCAACGGCCUGCGCAGGGUGCUGGAUGAGCUGACCCUGGCCAGAACCGACCUGGAGAUGCAGAUUGAGAGCCUGAAGGAGGAGCUGGUCUUUAUGAAGAAGAACCACGAGGAGGAGAUGCUUAUCCUGCGGGGUCAGACUGGCGGGGAUGUCAAUGUGGAGAUGGACGCAGCUCCCGGUGUGGACCUGAGUCGCAUCCUGAACGAGAUGCGUGACCAGUAUGAGCAAAUCGCGGAGAAGAACCGCAGAGACGCUGAGGCCUGGUUCCUGAGCAAGACUGAGGAGCUGAACAGAGAAGUGGCCUCUAACAGCGAACUGGUGCAGAGCAGCCGAACCGAAGUGACUGAGCUCCGGAGGGUGUUGCAAGGCCUGGAGAUCGAGCUGCAGUCCCAGCUCAGCCUGAAAGCGUCCCUGGAGAACAGUCUGGAGGAGACCAAAGGCCGCUACUGCAUGCAGCUGGCCCAGAUCCAGGACUUGAUCAGCAGCGUGGAGGAGCAGCUGGCACAGCUGCGCUGCGAGAUGGAACAACAGAACCAGGAAUACCAGAUCCUGCUGGAUGUGAAGACACGCCUGGAGCAGGAGAUUGCCACCUACCGCCGCCUGCUGGAGGGCGAGGAUGCCCACCUCUUCUCCCAGCAAACGACUGGCCAGUCCUAUUCUUCCCGCGAGGUCUCCUCUUCCUCGUCAUCAUUCUCCUCCAGCCGCCAGAGCCGGCCCAUCCUCAAGGAGUAGGGCUCAUCCAGCUUCAGCCUGAGCCAGAACUCCAAGCCCUGAGCUGCCUCUGCCACAGCCUCCUGCCCCUGCCAGCC